CUCCUCUCCUGCGCCGAAACAGCUGGCUGUUGUUCGCUUCAGUUCAGAGGAAAAAGCGGCGGGAUGGAGGUGAUUGAAGCGCGAGCGCUAUAGGAAGAAAAGAGGCGGAGAGAAAGAGAGAGAGAAACUGAAUUCCAGCGAAUUAAUCACCGUCUGUUCCUGUGCGAGAGGGAGAUAGAGUCAAAGCAGUCAAACAGAGGAGAGAAGAGAGAGAGAUGGAAAGGAAAGGAGGAGGAAGAGGAGGAGGAGGAGGGGAAGUGGCGCCUGACGCAGUGUGAGAAGCAGAAACAGAGGAGAGAGACGAAGAAGCGCUGGGGUGGAGAGAGAAAGAGAGAGAGAGAGAGAGAGAGAGAGAGAGAGAGAGAGAGAGGGAGGCAGAGCGGCAUUAUAUCAGCCGCUGCUUUGCAUCCGAAAAAAUCUCAAUCACCCCGUCAGGAGCCGGCGGAGCCCUCUUCCCGGUCACAGCUGCUCUCGGAGACCGCGCGAAGUCACACAGGACGCGAGCCGGAGGGUGAAACAGCCCGAUAACAGAAAACAACAACACGGCACGUACACAACACCGCCAGAGGCAGCCAGCGCGCGCGGACCCGCCGUGCUGGAGGAGCGCCGUCUGCCCGCGUGCUGCCACAUCUGGAUCCAGAUCAGACACAUUCCACAGUGGACCAAUCCUCAGUCCUGCUGUAAACUCAACUUCCUCAUUAACGCCAAUAUUCCAGCAGAACAAAGCAAGAGGCAAAAGACGGGUUCUGGUGCCAAGGGAAGACCGACGAGCGCUGAGGAAGAAUGAGAAGAGGAACCGGUCGAUUAAGAGAUGGCCUCAGGAGACAUGAAAACCCAUCCAGCAGCAGGACAAACUCAGCUGGCCGAUUUCCACCGGAAAUAGUACAUGUGGACUUUAUCUAGACGAUAGAUGCUGUUUGCUUACUGCCAGUAAAGUGCCAUCUCCGAGUGAUUCGCUCAUUCUUACUCGAAUCAGUCAUUUAAUAAUCCGAGAUCUUUAAAUGAUCAUUAGUCAUUUAAAGUUUUCUAAUGAUUGAAGGCCACAAUAAAUGUUAAAUGGCAGGGAUCUCUGGUCAGAUUCCUGUGUUGGACAUUGUAAUGACACCCCAAAUGGCCCAGAGAACAGGACAGCUGAGACAUGGCAAGGCAGGAAUCGUAUCCACAACCGGUUCCUUCAUCUGCUGGCUCGCUCUGCUGUCGCUGCUCCGACUGCCGGCUGUAACGGCGGACUGCUGGCUUAUCGAAGGGGAGAAAGGCUUUGUGUGGCUGGCCAUCUGCAGUAUGAACCAGCCGCCUUACGAGGCCAUCCCCCCCCACAUAAACAGCACGAUCGUGGAUCUGAGGCUGAAUGAGAACAAGAUAAGGUCGGUGCAUUAUUCCUCGCUCAGUCGCUUCGGAAACCUCACCUACCUGAACCUCACCAAGAAUGACAUCAGCUAUGUGGAAGAUGGAGCGUUCUCGGCACAGUUUAACCUGCAGGUUCUCCAGAUGGGCUUUAACAAAUUGAGAAACCUGACAGAGGGGAUGCUGCGGGGCCUGGGCAAGCUGCAGUAUCUCUACUUGCAAGCUAAUCUCAUCGAGACUGUUACAACCAACACCUUCUGGGAGUGUCCCAAUUUGGAGAAUAUAGAUCUCUCCAUGAACAGGAUCCAGGUUCUGGAUGGCAGUUUGUUCUCCGGACUCUCCAAGCUGACGACCUGUGAACUCUACACCAAUCCCUUCAACUGCUCAUGUGAGCUGCUGGGCUUCCUGCGCUGGCUUGCCGUCUUCCCCAACAGAACCAGCGAGCGGAUGGUGUGCGACUCCCCUCAAGGAUUCUCCGGCUACAACCUCCUGAGCCAGAACCCUCGCAUGCCAGCCCAGCGCAAUGCCCUGCACGUGCUUAAUCUGGUGUGCACAGACGAUGGCAGCAGCGUGACACCCUUCUACAUCUUUGACUCCACCACCCAGCUGCCAGACAUCGCCUCGCCCUGCGGACUGGAUGAUUGUGCCUCCGGGACGGCUCCCGAAGAAGUGAUAAGCAACAGCCCUAACUUGAUAGACUCCAAGCCUAUCAUGACAAUAAAAAAAGUGGAACAUUCAAGUGCAGUGAUAACAGUUCAGAUUCCUUAUCUGUUUAAGAAAUUGUACAUACUGAUUCUGUACAAUAACAGCUUCUUUACUGAAAUCAAAACUCUGAAUAAAAACAGUGAGGAUAUUGAGCUGAAGAACUUGACACCUAAUACGGACUACACUUACUGUGUGGCUUCUACAAGAUACUCCCUGAGGUUCAACCACACAUGUUUGACCUUCUCUACCGGUCGAAGAGCCGGUGCAGAGAGGAUUCGCAAUCAGUCGUCCGCCACGCAUUACAUCAUGACUAUAUUGGGCUGUCUGUUUGGCAUGCUGCUCUUCCUCGGCCUCGUCGUGCACUGCCUGAGGAAAAAGAGGAUCAUGGAGGAGAAGGAGAGAAAGAUGAGCAGAAUCCAGAGGACGUUGAUUGAGUUGAAGUACGGCGGGGAAGGGGACAUAGAGGGAGGGAGUGGAGGAUCUGUCUCACAAAAGCUUGCUGUGGGCGAAAGCCUGUCCAGAAUGCCCUACCUUCCCCAGGGAGGCGAGAUUGAUCCGUACAAGCUUCAGGAGGUGAUAGAGACUCCAGGACACAAGUCUGCCAAGCUGAACUACAUGGAGGUCAGAGGCUCUGGCAUCGAAAAGGAACGAGAGCGAGAGAGAGAAAGGGAGAUGUCACCACAAGCCAACUCCCAGGGCUCAGUAGCUGAGAUCUCCACCAUUGCUAAAGAAGUUGACAAAGUUAACCAGAUCAUUAACAACUGCAUAGAUGCUCUCAAAUCUGAGUCCACAUCCUUUCAGCAGGGAAUAAAGUCCCCCACAGCGGGUGGAGGAGCUGUUUCGACGGAGGAGCCACAACUGGUACUUCUGUCCGAACAAGGAGAGAGAGGAGGCGAGUUUCUCUCACCGGUCUACAAGGGUGGAAGAGGAGGAAGAGAAGAACGGUCGAGGAGUUAUCAUCCAUCUUUACAACGACAUCACAGCAUGGAAGCUCCUCCGACAACCAAACGGCCAAGCACCUCCUCUUCUCCUGGCUCCGCCCGGAGCCCUCGCUCCUUCCGCUCCGAAGGAGGGUACCACUCGUCAGAGUCCCGCUACAUCGAAAGAGCCUCACCCGGGGAAAGGGGAGGAGACGCCAUCCGCACCGUCAACCCAGCUGCAGCCAUCCUACGGGCCGAGGCCCAGAGGAUCCGUCAGUACAACGAACACCGCCACUCCUACCCAGGAUCGCAACAGCAUCUCCAGGAACUUCAGCAUCAUCCGCAAGUCUUUCAGGAGCUUCACCACCACCCAGGAGGUCGCAAGCCUUCUGUGUUGGAUCCCAUCACUCUCAGCAGGCAAGCAAAGCAGCGGGAGUUAGCCUACUCCCAGCUGUCACAAAAUUACCCACUCUCACCCCAAUACCACAACCUCAGCUACUGCUCCAGUCCUGAGGAAGACGAAGAGGAGGAAGGGCUCCUAUGCACCCCAACCCUAGGGCUUUGGGAGAGGUUCAAAAUGCACCGUAAAAGGCAUCGGCAGGCAUCCUUAGAGGACGAAGGAUAUGUGGCAGCUGGGCAUGCACUGAGACGGAAGGUUCAGUUUGCCAAGGAUGAAGAUCUUCAUGACAUACUUGACUACUGGAAGGGUGUAUCUGCCCAGCAGAAAGCUUGAUCCCAUAUGUGAAGUUGCCAAACACCUUGAACUCAGUGUAACACCCUGCAUCCAUAACACACUGAUACAAAUAUGUGGAUAUUUUCAUCAAAGACUUGUAAAUAUACACAAACAGCUUAUGGGAUUUACAAAAAAUCACUUUGCACAUACAUGUUUACACACGCACACACACGGCGAGACACAAAACUCACAUGCACACAUUUUACACAAACUAAGCCUUUUCCUCCUGAAACGGAUGAGGACCAAGCUAAUAUACUUAUUAUCCUGAACAAAAACAUGAAUAAAUUAUUGAGACUGAGACACUUUUUUGUAAUGUAAUGGAAAUUAUAGCUCAAACUUAUGUAGCUAUUUGUAAGUUUUGAAAGAAGAAAUGUAGAAUCAACAUUAAGAGUAGAAAAACCCUAAAUGUGGUAGGAAAACCCAUUUUGAACAACCCAGUGAUGCUUUGGAUCCUCCCAACAGACUCAAACCCAACAGAGCCACAAUUAUUACUCUCCUAAAGCCAAACAACCAUUCAAAAUGUUAUUCAGAGGUUUUCAUACGCUCAUAAAAAAAUAACCCCAGGCUUCUAAUUACUCAUUUGGUCUUUUCUUUUUCAGGGUGGAAUGAUUACACAAGUAAUCAGACAUUUAUAGCCAAAUUUAAUUGGCAGCCGGUCACUUUAUUUUUACUCUGUUUUUCAACCAUUUUAGUGUCAAUCUGGGGAAAAGCUGAAACAUUUUGAGGAUGUCUUCCUCAUUUAUCAUACCACCCGCCUUGUGUGAUCUAGCAGUUAUUGCUACUGAAUAGCAAAAAAAAAAAAAGAGCUCAAUGGCACAGCACUGCCUCUGCCAUGGUUGACAGAUGCUACAGUAUUUUUAUGUUUGAAAUGCUCUACUUAACUUUUCAAAACAUCCCUACUGUCAGCGUGACAUCAUAGCUUCAGCUUUUUGUCAUCUGCACAAGCAAUUUGUCAUUGAAGGGCUGCUGAGAAACUAAUUUCAAGAGAGGCCGGCUCAUCCGCGUCGUAAAGCUGAGAACGGUUAUAACAAUAUGAGAAACACAAAAUCGAUACGACUAAAACGGCGGCAUAACAGAGUGAAAAGCCAAAGAAAAGUUAAAAAUUUCAAAAUCUUUUCACCAUUGCAGAAAAGCGUUUAGCACAUUCUCCAUUUUGCUCUUGUUUAUUUCCAAUGUGAUAUGUCAAAAGUUUAAGAUUUCAAUUUUGGGUUUUUGUCAGAAAUAACUUCAUAUUUUUCUAAGAAAAGGUAAAACAUAUGAACAUCAGUGUACAUAAAAGAUCAUUCUUCGGACCUUUUAGGAGCUGAAAACAGUAAACUGGCAAAAGUGAGAAACAAGAGUCAUUAAUAAGAAGAAGAAUGUAGAAGGAAGUAUUUUAAAAUAUGAUGCCUUACAUACAAAUAGGACUCUAUUAUUUCUAAGCCUAUUUUAGACAACCACUAUUUUCUGCACUGAAAACAGAUAUAAGUCCUUAUAAACUGAAUGGACUUAUUUGUCAGGCUUGUUUUUUGGUGGUUUUGUGUUUGUUCCUGAACAUGGAAGCUGUUUUCAUCUCGUCUAAGGACAGUUUGGGUCUCUCAACCUGACCUUAGCAGACUGGUGGCCGCUUGAACUAAUAAAAUCCACAGCAGUUCAGAAACUAGCAUUGUUUAUCAAAAGAUCAAAAUCAAUGGACAGUCAUUAACUAAAAUAUUACUGAAAAGUCUAUUUUCACACCUGGACUAAAUUGUUGGUAACUCCCUGCUAAAGACAGAAAAAACCUCAAAUGGUUACUGGAAUAACCUGAAGCUGACAAAAGAAAUUUAUCUGAUAAAUUACUCAAAUCUGACCAAUGAAAAUAAGACAUGGCUUUUAAAAUCUGGUUCAACAGAAUCGCUUAAAAAAACAAAAAAACAAAACAGCAAACAAUGAAACAGGCCUGGACAAAAUGACACCGCUUGGAAAGACUGAAAAUAAUGUUCAAAAAUUAGAUUUUCAAUACAGAAAUGUGGGACUGACCUCCUCACAGGUCACACCGUCCCAGUGAAACCACUGCAGCUGUAAGUCACGUCAUCAUUCCACCCUUGAAAAUCUCACAAAUUCCACCCUUGAAAAGUGAAUCUCACAAAUUGUUACGACGACGACGACGAUGACAGGCGCAUGCAAACACGUGACCACAGCUGCAGUCCAGCCAGAGUUUGGGAGAUUCAAAACAUCAGAUGACAUGGUUCUGGAUGGGUGGCCAAUCAGCAGUAAUAUUUCAAUGUGCUGAAGCUGAGUAGGUAGCUCUUAUGAGAGAGUGAGUAUAAUGUGCCAAAUCAGCCGAUGGGGUAGUAGAGCCCUACUGUGUAUUAACUUCUUCUCACCACUGUUUUUAUAUAGAGGAAUCAAAAAAAAUAGGGUAAAAGAAUAUAUUAUAAUAUGUUGUUAUUAUUCAUUAUUCUUAUUCUCAUUACUAGUCUUCAUAUUAUCCCUUCGAUCCUCAGCAUCAAUAUUUUAUCAUUUGAAUACGGCAUGGCGAUGUUGUGUAACCGUGUUUUUGGACUGUUUUGAAACUCGGAGCCGAGGAGUGCUUAAAAACAAACCAACACGACAGAAGAGACGUUCGUGUCCUCCUUUUCUACCUUAGAGGAACAUGCUCUGUCCUCUGAGCCAAAAAAAACAAAACAAAAAAAUAAAAACACAAGCCAGCCUUUUCUGUUGGUGAACUUCUACUACAUGUGCUCUUUGUCAUCCUGAAAAGAGAACGCUGUACAGCAGAGAGAAAAGUUCUAUAUUUGCAACAAAAGUGACUGUUUUGUUUCUACAACAUGGCUUUGAAAUCCCUUCAGACUUUUCAGAAACUAAGUCCCAAACUUAGCUGACCCGCCCGCUCACCCGCACCGGUGCGUUUCUGAUUUUGAACCCGAACUCGGAAAAUUUGAAUCCUCUAAUGAAUGUCUUCAGAUUCCCAAACUGCACUGUUCAAAAUCAGAAAACGACCGCGAUUGAAAGACCCAAACCUCUCCGCUUCUUUCCCGACACACUGUAGCUCCACUGUGCUUUAUAAACUUUUCAUUUGAAUCUCGAGUUUUUAUUAUUAUUAUUAUUUUGUAUUUUUAUUUUGGACUCUUCUGGUUCCACUGUGGUGCCAUAGUGCCAAACUUGAGAAAUCACAGGUAUUUAAAACUUAUCUCGAAUAGCCUACCGCUAAAUACAGACCUCUCCUGCUUCACAUGGCUAAAGUGAACAACAAUUUGCACAAAAUGAUCCACCGUCAUUGGCUCGCUGAAUCCCCGCCACCCUCAAAAUCAUUUUUAUGACCAAAGUACUGUGGUAGAUAAUUGACUCUUAGGUUCUUCUAACCAGGACUCAGUCCAACAUCACACGUAACAGUAAAAAACAUCAUCAGCGCACACCCUCAUGCUCAUAGAAACAAGCAGAAGAAUGUAUUCUUUGAGAUGCUAUUUCUCUUCUGUAGCUGGAUUAAAGCGUACAAGCAAAAAUCUAACCGGCUCCGUUUACGAACGACUGAACGAGGUUCAGAACGGGAUACUACUGAGAAAUUAUUGCCAUUGUUCAAAUUAAGUUACAGAUGGAAGA